CGAGCAAACUGUCGUACAGACUGAGACGCUUGCGCGAUUAGCGAACGGAACGGAAGGAAGACCGUGGAAGCAAAGGCGCGCAGGCGCAAGGGAGCAGAGCACACGGCACACCACAAGAGAACAAAUACACCUCAGGUGGCCUUCCUAAGAUCGCCGACUGAAUCUACCUCGCUUCGCGCCUCCAGUUCCGCACCGGGACUGCCGAAUCUGUGCUCGGGAUCGUCUCUUCCAGCGGCAAUGGGGGCCGAUUCUGAGGACGCCGUCAAGCAGCUCAGCCUCCUCAUGGAGCAAGUGGAGGCCCCGCUGAAGAGAUCAUUUCAGCCUGGAGUAUGAAGGCACAUAUCCAUCUCAACUAGGUUUUCAUCACCGCUUAAGAGAUGUUCUAAAGGCCAUAUGUUUUACAUGUGUGCUAAAUCAGUUCCAUUCAUUGCUUUGGCGUGAAUGGAAAUCUUCAGAAACCAACAAGGUUGUGAGUUGUGAGUUGUGACUAUGAUUUACUAAACUUAAACCCAGGCCCCAUUGAUUUUAAUGGUCUUGUCUUAGCAGAUUUUUUAUUUGGCUUUUCAUUUGGUUCUGACAUUUUCUUAGGGGUGCUGGUGGGCGGGGUUAAAAACUGGACGGAUACCACUACAAAUCUGUUGAAUCUCGAUCCACGAAUCCCUCCCAAGAAUUAAUUUGUCUACUAGAUUAACAUGUAAAUAUUGUAAAGGCUAGUUUUUCUUUCCUUUUUAUUGAACGCAAACCAAACAUAUAGGAGAAUUGCUUCAUUGGUCCUUUUCCAUGAAAAUUUGCACAUAUCUCAAAGCAAACAAAUUGUCGGUUAAUAUGUCACAGGCCUAAAUUGCCAUGAUGGGGUACGAAGGUGUUGGGUCCAAGUCGGACCAACUGUAGCAUGCAAUCUAGCACGCACUCGUGUAGCGUAUUGCAAAGCCCAUCUUGGUUAGGAUUAGGAAGAGUCUAGAAGCUAGGAUUACUUGUGAGUCAAGUUGAGUCGUCGAGUCCUCUCUAUAAAUAUAAGGGAGGUAUAUCCUUUAAGAUUAAGCAAGAACAAUUUAGAGGAAGACCCUAAUCCUCUCUCCCCCUUCUUCUAGUCGCUAGCCUUUCUCUCUGCCUAUGCUGUCCUACCUCUUCUAGCUGCUGCAUCAUGUCGCCUCCCAUGCACACAGCUGAUCGUAGCAUCCUGUUGUCAUCGACCUCUUACUUUGUAAUGGCCAGGGCCGGAGCUGAGAAUUAAUGUGAUCUCAAAAUAUUAUACAAAAUAAAUUUUACUAUACCUCAAAAGUUUCUUCUAACAUUUCUUUAGGCAAAGUUAUUAAUGAUCGUGUUGAUAUCAAUCACUGUUCUUAAGGCGUCGCCUAGGCGUCCGGGUGGUGGUCUGACGCCUAGGCGCCUUGCCCGCCUACCUCGCCUAGGCGUCGCCUAGGCGUCCAGGCGGUGGUCCAACGCCUUGGACCGCCUUACCGCUUUAAAAACCAUGAUAUCAAUAGAAUAUAUGAGUGGUUCUGACAAGUUAACUUUAAAACUCUAAACUCAGAUAUUAGAUUAUAUAACCCACUAUUUACUGUUCUAUUAGCUAUACAAUUAACUGCAAGAGGUGGGGGCCCUAAGAUUUGGGGGCCUAGGGCGGCCGCACUGGUGGCCCUAUGCCCAGUGCCGGCCUUGCUAAUGGCGUGACCAGCCCUAGGGCAGCUGCUCCCCCCUCUAAUCUCCUCCAAACACCCCCAGAUCAAGGACUGUUACUCCUGGUAUCCAAAGACAGAUCAAUUAUUUGGGCAUGUUCUGAUCCACCACUAUGGUUAGCUUCAGCAACAUCUAUGAUUUAUGGAUGAGAGAAUUGCACUAGAAUUUGACACGACACCAAUGCCCCCCAACAAUAGAUCCGAACCAACCUAAAAAUAAGAUGCUGGAGGCGUAUAUUGUCGUCCCCCUACCAACACCUCCAACAACCCUACAUCCAAACUACCCUAAUUUUUUAUUCUAUGGAUGCAUUUAGGGUGUCUUUAAAUGGGAUCAACUUCUACCAUAUCGUCAACAACGGUUGCACAUCAAUCAACAAACCAACACCGACAUUGAGAACAUAUACACUGACAACAACUCCACCAUUGUCGCCAUCUAUGCCAACACCCUGUAAUUGUAAAAGGAGCUAGACAGAAUUUUUGCACGACACCAAAACUCAUCAACAACAGAUUUAAAUCAGUCGGAGAGCAACACAUCAGAGGUGCCAAUCCAACUCAAAAGAGGUGCAUAGGCAAUGACAUCCAUUGCUUCUGAUAAUCAAAUUACCUCUAAUUGUUUUCUACUGAUGCAUCUAAAGUGUUUUCAGAUGCGAUCUCCUUGGUGCCCACAUCUACAUCAGUAGCGACUGCAUCAAUGUCGCCCAAGCCAUAUUGCACAUUAGAUAAUUGGCAAUAGUACCAUCACUACCUUUGGCUAAACCUAAAAAAGCGAAUCACUAUAGCAAAGCUUACCACAUCUGGACCUACGUCACAAGCUUACAACAUCAUAGGCCGGUAUCGCCUAUGUCGACUGCAACACCUUUAUUGACAACAACAUCAGUGGCGAGCAUCACUUCCACUCCAUUGCUAUCACCUUCAACAACUACUACAUGGAGGGCUUUCAGGAGUUUAGGAGCGAUUAAGGAUGACCCCUGCACAUCUGGCCUCGUGUUUUCUUCAUUGGUCCCCAUUGUUAGAGUGGAUGCAUUAUCUAGUUCAACCCAAAAGCUUAAGCUAUUAGGAGAAGGUAGGCAAUCCACUUAUACACUUCAACACCCUCACUCACGUGCAACCAGAGGGAAAUGCGUAAACGUGAAAUUAAAGGAAUAAAGGGACAGAGACACAAAUAAAGCCUCUGCCAGGAUUCAAACUCGAAACCUAUGACUUUGAUGUCAUGUUAAGAGUGGAUGCACUAACCAGUUCGCCCAAAAGCUUAAGCUAUUAGAAGAAGGUAGGCAAUCCACUUAUACACUUCAACACCCAUCACCACAAACAAAUACCAUCUACAUUGCCAACCUACGCGACACCGACGAUAUCUAUCAUAGAUGCUCUAGGCGCCCAACACAAGAAAGACAAUGACAAGGCUACAACAAGGCAAUUAUCAUCGACCUCAUCCUUCACCAUCAACAUGGUGACACCAAUACUAGAUUCAAUGACAAAAACCACCAUCAUGGGACCCGUCAUCUCUAUGUCACAUAUGCCUAACUCUGCAUCAACUUCACUCAUCCUCAAACAUGAAAAGACAACCAACACAAAUCAAUUGGUUGGUUCUUCAUCAACUAGUUCUCCAUCAUCGAUCAACACCAUCUACUAUGAUGACUAAAUAGAGCUCUAGGCCAAAAUUUGAAGCUAAACCAGUGAACAAAAGAGCUAAAAAUUGUUUCUAUCCCUACAUUGUUGAUUCUUCCUACCCCAUGGCGAUUGUGCUACGUGCUUCGCAACAAGAACCAAAUGCUUCUACCUCAUCCUUAAUAAUGCAAGGUAACCGAUCAAAUCGACUCCACCUCAACUAGCGAGGUCAAUUCUUGUUGCCUUGCGUACCCUUCCACAAUGGCAACCUCCGACCUACACUAGUCGCAGUCCCCUUCAAUAGCUAGGUAUCCUCAAGUUUGGCAAUAUACGAAUUCAAGCUUGAAAAAUUCUCUGCCUACUAGACAAUCUCAAUGGCGAGAGGAGAAAACUCAGUUGCAACUUCACCAACAUGCUAUGACAUUGCCAACUCUACGUAGGGGUGGUAAUGGAUCAUGGCCCUAAUACUUGCUUCACAAACCAACAAAGCCCUUAAUUUUGUUAGUUCAAAAUUGUAUUGUUUUAUGAUCCGGCCCCUAACUUGAUUCGAUCCUUAAAUUUGCUAAGCUAAAUUAAAUGGCCCGUUACCACCCCUAACUCUACGUCAACAAUAACGAUGUGUCAACACACCUCAUCAAUAGCAGAGGAUGCCACAACAUGACACUUUUUCAACACCUGCAACAGGCAUCAUCUGCAUCGGAAUUUUCGAUGACCCUCUCCCUUCUUAGGCGACAAAAAUAGUGGAUAUCUUUACCUCCCAGCUCGUCGAUAUUUUCACCAAGGGGGGGGGGGCCUCCCAUCCAUGGUGUUCUCGGAGUUUUGGUUCAGUCUCAACAUGGAUAGAGUUGUGACUCUGUGGGGGUGUUAGACUGUGUGUGUUAUAAUAAUGUAAUGGGCUUUGGCCCAGCCCAUGUACAGUUCUAGGUUAGGGUUUCCAAUUCCAAUAGGGAGGAGGCACCGUGCGCGGGGAAGAAGAUGAACAGUGCCCGCAACUAGGGUUAGGGUUUGGUAGGGAGAAGCAGGGGAAGAGGUCUUCUGAUACCAUGAUAGAAGGGAAAUUCCACAGGAAAUCGUAGAUACAUUACUUAGGAAAGGGUUACAAAUAUAUAGUGCAGCCAACACCACUAAAGGGCUGAACUAACAUGAGGCCGACGUCCAGACACAACACAGUCUAACAAGGCCUAUAUGUGGCUUGCAUCCUAUCCUUCCCUAUGACUUCAAACUGGACUCAGUCAUCUUGUGGAGAUGAGGUGCCAUGAGCAAUGAAAGUGGAUCAGGAGGAUGAUCCUAUCUGGGAUUUUGGUUAGGAAGUGGCUGGCUGGGCAUGGCCCGAGCCGGACCAUAUGAGAUUCAAGAUGAAAAUGAUCAAUAGAACAUUUAAUUAGCAAUUGAUUCAAUUUGAGAUUUGUGUGAGUUUUAUGGAAGGACCACUGAAGCAGUUCUCAACAAACAAACCUUAUUUUUUGGCCCUUCAAAAUUUCUCAACAAUCAAAUGCUCCUUCCCAGUUUGGAGGAUUUAUUUCCAAACUAAAAUUUUAGGUGUGUAAAAGAAAGUGUCUAAUAUAAGUUUAUUUUAUUGGAGAUUCGAGAUUGUGAUUAAGAAGUGAUGUCAUGUGGAACAACCAGACAUGUAAACUUUAAUUUAAGCUCAAUAACCAUUAUAAGAAAAAGGGCAGACCCAGUGCUGGAGUCUUCCACAUGAGCGUGGUUUGAGGAAGGGAUGAACCGAGGCCUGCCUUCCCCUGCAAAUGCUGAGAGACUACCUCAAGCCCUCGAACCCAUGAUCCGGUGACUCAGUGAGACAACUCUCACCACUGCACCAGAAUAUGCACCAGGGCUAUCCCAAAGAAACACUGGUGCGUUUCCUUAAGGCUAGAGAGUGGAACGUACCAAAGGCUCAUAAAAUGAUUGUUGAUUCUUUGGAUUGGAGGAUUGAAAAUGAAAUUGAUAGUGUGCUAGAGAGACCUAUAGUCCCAGUAGAUUUAUACAGAUCAAUACGUGAUUCACAACUUAUUGGCCUGUCAGGAUACACAAAGGAGGGUCUCCCAGUUUUUGGCAUUGGUGUUGGACAUAGCACAUAUGACAAAGCUUCGGUUCACUACUAUGUGCAAUCUCAUAUCCAGAUUAAUGAGUACCGUGAUCGUAUAAUUUUGCCUAGGCUGACACAACAGUUUGAGCGGCCUGUUGUCAGGUGCAUAAAAGUUCUGGAUAUGACUGGUUUGAAGCUAUCAGCACUGAGCCAAAUAAAGAUGUUAACUUCCAUAUCAACAGUUGAUGAUUUAAAUUACCCUGAAAAGACAGAGACCUAUUAUGUUGUCAACGUUCCAUACAUAUUUUCUGCUUGUUGGAAGGUUGUGAAGCCCUUAUUGCAGGAGAGGACAAAAAAGAAGGUUAAAGUUUUGAGUGGCUGUGGGAGAGAUGAACUGCUGAAGAUUAUGGACUACUCAUCACUUCCCCAUUUCUGCCGCCGGGAGGGCUCUGGAUCAUCAAAGCAUUCGUCUGCUGAUGUUGACGAUUGCUACUCCCUUGACCAUCCAUUCCACAAAGAACUAUACGACCAUAUCAAAGAGCAAGCGUCGCGUAGGGAGCUCAUCAAGAUGGGAUCGUUGCACGUGAGCAUUCCUGAGCCAGACCCAGAGGACGCCAAGAUCGUUGAGGUCAUCCAGGCUGAGUUCCAGAAGAUCGGCGAGCAGGAUGAGUCCACCACCGGCCACAAGGAUUAGCAUGCCCCAAGGACGGUCAUGUGCGGAGCGCCGCCGGUGACCUCCCAUGAAGUUGAUCGCUGCUGUCCGUUUCUAUUUUUUUUGGUUGACAGUCCCCAGUUGCGUGGGGAAUAUAGCAGCAAGCUCAUGCAUUUGCAUGAUGGAGUUUAUGUAGUUGGAGGAGAGGCUGAGAGAUAAACGAGCCAGUGUAUAUUAGAUGCACAUGAAGCCAUAAUCGCCUUUUUUGUUAGUAUAUAACCAACACAUAUUUAGCUGUAUAUUAAAGAAGCCAAAAUCCAUGGAAUCGCCUUUUUCCAUACA